GCCUAACCCUUCCCAGAAGUGUCUCCACUUCCCCCACCAUCUGCCCCAGUUUUCCGGACAGGACAGGACUGACAGUGGGGAUAAAACCGGCCUGGAGAGUCUUGGGAGCCACUGGCCUGCAAAGCCUCGGCCCCAACUGCCCUUGCACUCUCGGCUCCUACUGGCACCUGCUGGACAUGAGGCUUCGAGUGGGUGCCCGCGCCCCCAGUCCCCUGCCCAGCUCGGGGCUCCUGCUCCUGGGACUGCUGCUCUUGCCAGCUGUGGUCUCCGUCCCCAGAGUGGACCCAGAAGAUGAGCACCUGCGCUGCGUGUGCGUGAAGACCACCUCCGACGUCCGUCCCAAGUAUAUCCGCAGCCUGGAGGUGAUGGGUGCGACAGUCCACUGCCCCGUUCCCCAGAUGAUAGCUUCUCUGAAGAAUGGUAGGAAAAUAUGCCUGGACCCGAACGCCCCCCUGUAUAAGAAAAUACUGCGGAAGCUUUUGGAGAGCUAGCUACCAGCUGCCUCACUCUGUACAGUUGCAAUGCAGCAUGUUUUCUGUUUUAUUCAUUUUCAAGCUAAUGGUGGAAAAAUCUCCUGAUGUUUUUUUUUUUUUAUUGUCCUCCAAGUUCUAAAUAAAUAAAAUAAAUCGA